UCUCUCGGGGCUCCGUGACUCCAGACCCGCGGGCCCCCGUGUGUCACACCGGUGUGCAGCUCUUCUCGUAGCCGCCCUCGCCGCCAUGGAGCCCGGGGAGGCCGCGGAGGAGAGGCCGAAGCCCGCCGCGGAGUCCGAUCCGAAGCAGCCCGGGGGAGGCGCUCUGUCCGCGGCGCAGCGCAGAGCCGAGAUCCGCCGGAGGAAACUGCUCCAGAACUCCGAGGAGAGGAUGCACCGGAUCGUGGGGAAAGCGAAAAGCGACCCCGACAGCGGCUCCUCCCUUCGUUCUUCAGAGCCGCGCUUCCACUUGGACCUGGACCCCUCCCAGCGCCCCUCCCCCUUUGAGUCCAGCCCCUCCCACAGCGGGACGUCCGACUGCAGUAAACCUCUGGAGGGCGCUGUGGAGGAGGACCCGGGCGAGGUGAGGCAGGUGCCCAGGGGAGACGAGGUCGGCGCGUCCCCCCGCAGAGGGCUGCAGAAGUACCUGUCGCGCUUCGACGAUGCCAUGAAGCUGCGCGGACAACUGGCCAAUGAGAAGCCGGCGCAUGACUCGGGGGCGGAGUCUGAGGAGUUUGAUGCGUUCAGGGUUUUCCGUCUGAUCGGCAGUGUGCUCCUCGCGCUGUUCGUGCGAGUGUUUGUCUGUAAAUAUCUGUCCAUCUUUGCCCCCUUCCUGACUCUGGAGCUGGCCUACAUGGGGCUGUCCCAGUACUUUCCAAAGGUGGAGAAGAGGCCUCAGACGACGGUGCUGACGGCGGCCCUGCUCUUGUCUGGGAUCCCUGCCGAGGUCAUAAACCGCUCCAUGGACACGUACAGACGGAUGGGAGACGUUUUCGCUGAUCUCUGUGUCUAUUUCUUCACCUUCAUCCUGUCGCACGAGGUCCUGCUCCUGUACGGGUCCGAGUCGCCGUGACGACGAACUCUAAAGCCAAGUGCUUUAUUCAAAAACUCAACUUUAACACUGAGGAAAAGGCUCGAUAUCUGAGGUUUAGACCACAGAAUGUCAUUUUCAACGCAAAAUAAUAAGAGUUUUUUAAGGGUGCACUGUGUAAC